UGAGCAAGUUUCGAUCUUGUUCGAGAACCAAGUGCGCGUUUCGCGAAUGUGGCUGUAAUCCAUUUCAUAUCGACUGCCAAAUGCCAUGCCCUGAUAUCACCCUUGGCGCACCACUUGCUGCGAACACUUCGAGCACCACUGUCUCAGACGCUUCUCCCUCGCAGAAUUCACCCGCACGAUAUCGCAACAAGAAUGUUUGGGUGUUGUGUCGCUGGUCGCCUUCUCCAAACGAAUCUCCAACAAGUUGACGAGACACACGCACUGUUUGAAAUACCUGCUGCAGAAAAAGUGAACCAUAUCUGCGUAUUCUUAUUGGGAACGAUUCCAUUCCCAGAUGGCUACGGCUGCACAGUGCACUUCUUUUGGCCUGGGAAAGGCUCUCAAGUUCUCGGAAUGCUGUCUAACGAGAAACCCUCUGCAAUCUUCCGUUUGCGCUCUGCUUUCUCCACCCCCGCAUCCGGGAUGAGCACACCGUCUGCAUUUACUUCAGCGGCAUCCUCGACGACCGGAGAGGUUACGGCCAUCCUCGGUCUCGCAAUCGAGCCACUAGAAACAGUCAUGGCACAGAUGGCGGCACUUCCUGCACAUACGAUUAACUCUACGCUGAACGCGGCGUCAUCGUCAGUCACUAGACCACUCGAUCCGACCAUCUUGGCGGAGAAAAUAGCCAAGCACCUGUUUAAUUAUGUGUCUGGGUUUUCAGGGAUGCAGAACAUCGGGCCAGAUAAUCUCGUCCCGAUCGGCCUCAUUGCCAGAUGGUAUGAGAACUUUACAAGUAAACUCAAGACAGUUGGGGCAGGAUUCUUGGAAAGAUUGGAGUAGGCGAAAGUGUACCAUCUUUGGUUUUGAUGAAAUAGUUGCUCUCUCGAUCCACUAUGGGAUAGGGAGUAGCCGAUGAGGUCUCUCCUGUCAUCAUGUCGAGUGGAGGGGGGGGGGGGGGAGUGAAGAAUACUCAAACGCCAUCCC